AUGGUCGAAUUGCAACCCAUCUUUAGAAAGGCCUACUGGACACUUGUGGCCGGUGGUCUGGCUUAUGUCUUGUUUGUGACGUCCUUGACAUUUCCAACAGUCCAGCGCUUCUUCCUUUAUGCGAACAAGGUCAACCCGGCUUACUGGCAGGAUGUCAAUCAAGUUGAACAAUUUGGCUUCCUAAAGACCCAAGUUCAGCCAUUUCAUCUGGUAACGCCAGAUAAUGAAACGCUCUACGGCUGGCACCUGAUACCUCUGCACCUCUGCCAUGAGCAUGAAAAGGAGUUAAUGGAGAACCCUCCAUCGGGGCCAGCUGAAGACUAUAAGGAUACAUUGUCAUUCAAGAUAUUAGCCAAUGAUCCCAAUGCCCGGGUCGUGGUGAGCUUCCAUGGGAAUGCUGCCCAUCUUGGAUCCGGCCAGCGACCAGCCACGUACAAUACAAUGCUGGGUCUAUCAACACCGUCGCAUCCCGUGCAUGUCUUUGCCAUUGACUAUCGCGGAUUCGGUGUCUCAACCGGGAGCCCGACUGAAGAGGGCGUUAUCACUGAUGGCGUUUCCCUACUCAACUUCCUUACUGCAGGCCCGCUCAAGAUCCCUCCUUCACGGAUCGUCAUAAUGGGCCAGAGUCUAGGCACAGCCGUUACUGCAGCGGUAGCUGAGCGAUUUGCCUUUGGGUCCCCUGACCCGAUUGCAGUCCAACCGGCCAUCAAGAAUGCCGAGCCGUUCGCUGGAGUGAUUCUGCUGGCAUCCUUCAGCAAUCUGCCCAGCCUCAUCCAGUCCUACAGUGUCAAAGGACUGACCCCUCCCAUGCUUUCUCCACUCAUCGGAUACCCUCGUUUCCAGAACUGGAUCAUGAGUCACAUUGUGGACUCUUGGGAUACCACAGCACGAGUGGCUCGAUUGACUGGCAUCAACUCCUCAAAUUCUGAUACAAGUGGACUGGACUACGUCCACAAGGACCUCGACCUGACAAUAGUACAUGCUCAGAACGACAUUGAAAUCCCGUGGCGUGAAGGCCGCCGUGUCUGGACAGCUGCGACGGGAGAAAAUAUCAAAGGUGCCCCUGGUGCGGUAGUUUAUCAAAAGUCAGAAACCGUCAGUCCUUCUCAGAUUGAGAUCUGGGAGAACAGGAUUACUGGCAAGGAUGGAUCCCAGGUUGUGAAGAAGGUCCGCUGGGAGCGUGUUCGAUACGGAGGCCAUAAUCGGGUUGCAUCAUUCUCUGUUGCUGGUCUUGCUGUUCUAAGAGCAUUUGAGGAGUGA